ACUAAAGUAAACUGGCGAACUGGUACUCUUCAUCCCCAUUCACUGAAUCUUGUGCUGUACCACAGUUUUAUAGCUGCUGUACCUUCACCCGCAGAUGGUACUUGCUCCUUGUUGACGUACUCGGCUGAACAAUGAAUGUCGUCCUUUUCGGUCAAUCUAAUGUGAAACGAUCCUCCGAGGAAAGCCCAGAAAGUUGCGAGUGUAAAUAGACGUGUGAUCAUGUGGGACUGCUCCCCUUGAAAUUGAAGCCUAAACCGUUCAAUCUGUGCAACUGCCGAUUCCUCUGAUGAGGAAAAUCAGAUGGUUGUUUCAUUGGCAGCUCCGUCAUGCGUAGAGUCGAGUUGGCGAAGGUGCAGGGAACGUCCCUCGUGUGUAGGAAGGCUGUGAGAGGGAGGGAGAGGGAGAUAUCGACGACCUCGGAUGAAGCUUGGAAUCCUCCUGCGUUUUACAUCGUGAUGUUCGUACUGACGAUUUCUCCAUGUGACCUUUUAAGGAGGCUGUUGUGUUCAGAUUUUGGCGCGGAGGAGGAAGUGUUUGGCCGUGGUGAGCUCCCAAGUUGUUAGCGGGGGCCGAAGCUGUGGAAGACGGUUACGUUCGUACUUCCGUCAUGUGAAAGCAGUCUAAGGUCAAGAGCCAGUUUGACUCGUAAGGUUUGACGAGAGCAAGUGGUUCGAAGGUGGCAUGGCGUAACUUGCAACCUCGGCUGGAUUUAUGGUGGAAUUCGCUUUCGUUCGUUGGGACUUGUUGUCAUCAAGGUAGUUACGUUUCGAGGUGUCGAGCGCAGGGGCACUCAGUCACUCGAACGACUGAAUUUCUGUGGUGUCCUAGCGUUUGACUGGGUAUGCUCGCAAGACGACCCAAGCGCCUGAUGUGACUCGCAUGCCAUGUACUCUCAAGUGACUACCGGCGGUCACAGAUGUCGACAAAUGUCUCCCCCAGGUCCCAAAUUCUCGUUCCCUCCCUGUCGUAAGCUCUGACCAGUCUGCACAGACGGUACAAAUCUUCGGUCUUGAGGUCGAUCUGGAAUUUCCAAUUUCGCGAGGUGAACAGGUUCUGAGUCGGAGCGAGCUCACUGCCGAUCCUUUCAUGGAAGAUUAAGGCAUGUGACGGCAACAGCACUUCGUGCUGUCUCCGUCAACGUCAGUUCCGUGCCGUAAAACAUGAGGCACCUUUUGCGUCUUUACAGAUGUCACGCGAGACUGCGAGAUGAGGUCAGAUGCGCGAGCUGCCCUCGACCUAAGCGAUUCCUCGUUCUAUUAUGGCCGUUACAUGACGCAUCUCGCUCUCUCGGCCCCUCAAACGUAAUCGGCACGAUAAUAGCGUGUGACACAAAUGACAAUGAUUGGAAUAUGAUUGACAUGACGGAUUUGGAAAAUUCUUAUUUGGUAGGUCAAAGAGGACCUUUCCUCUGCCGUCAGCUUCGGGUUGAGACCUUCCUCUCAUUCCAUUUGCCCGAGACACUGCCUAGUUCUCACUUCCCGGCGGUGCGCAUGUUCAAGCUCACAAAAUCUUCAUAAACAUGUGCCAUCCAGCAGGAUUUGGAUCUGGGAAGGCCAUGAACUAAUUCAAACAGGACACUGAACUUCACAUGGAGGCGCGUAAAGUACCCUCCCCAUACAGGACAUGCCCUGGUUUCUAUUCCCGGCUCGGUCCUUACGAUCGAAGGAUGAUUUCCGAUCAUGCGGGGAUUGUGCUGUGACAUGUAACGCACAAAUCUGCUGCUUAGGACAGAAACCUUCGAGCUGCCCGGCCAGCAUGCCCAAAUCCGUCCAGGCUUAUAAAAGUGCUGGACUUUAUUAGAUCGGCAGAGGAUGUUCUUUCUGCUGGGGUUUUCCAGUCACAGGAUUCGCAUGUGUGCUCAGCAUUUCACAACUCGUAUCCUGCACUGUCACGAGCUUCUCAUUAUUGCAUCAGAUUGGAAAAUACCGUUUCGUCCAGAAAGGAACUGAAUUCUCGGACACGCUCGCGUUUUACGAAUGGUAUCGACUAUUAUGGCCGAGUUCAACGCUUCUCACGAUACGUAAUGGAACAUUGAUGGAAACGGUGCAAAGUUGACGACAUUGACGGGAUUCGCUGGCCAUCUUCACCAAACGGGGUGGAAGAACUUUGAUGAAGAGGACAUUUCGCACACAGGUUGAUGUGGACAACGAUGGAUGGUAGGCCGCCUGCCUCCAGUUGAGCGGCUCGGCCCGACAGGACAGCUCACCUUCUGCAUCGAUGGAUCUAUGCAGACUCGUGAUCGUCGUCAAAUUGCAGUUCGGCCCUGCCACUUGAGACUUUAAUGUGGACGUUGCAGUCUGGCUGCUCGUCGCAAUCUGCACUUAUGCGUCCAUUCCAUACGAUCGCUAUGCACAGUAGUGCAUACCGAUCGCAUUGCCCUGUCCUGCCCCUCCCUGCCCUCCCUUGCCUCUCAUGUCAUGGUUUCACGAUCCUACCUUCCAUUUCUUAAUCUGAUCCCUACAUUUCGCCAUCCAAACGUACGAUUCGAGGAACAGGAGAUUCCGGACUAUUCUCCCUCGGUGAGCAGUUCACGGGCUUCUGCCCCUCAACUGCACCCGUCCACGCGCACGAACGAUACUAGUUCAUGUCAUGUACAGCCGCUGCUCAAUAUAUUCCUUGAUUAAGCAAGAUUCGGAUCCAGAGUUUGUAUACUUCCCCUGUUUCAAAAUUAAGGUUUGAAUUUCGA